AGCUCACUCCAUCGCCACCCUUAUCUUCCACCGGAAAAAUGGAGUUCCGCCGUCGAGCUCUCCUCUGCACCAUGGUCAUUUUAACUCUAAUGGCGAAAUCCAAUGGUGGGAAGAUAGCUAUUUAUUGGGGUCAAAAUGGAAAUGAGGGCACUCUGGCCGAAACUUGUGCCACCGGAAACUACCAAAUUGUGAUCCUCGCUUUUCUCUCCGUCUUCGGCAACGGCCAGACGCCGCAGAUCAAUCUUGCCGGACACUGCGACCCCUUUAGCAACGGAUGCAUUCACCUGAGCUCCGACAUAAAGUCGUGUCAAGCUAGAGGCAUCAAGGUGAUACUUUCUAUUGGAGGGGGCGUGGGAAGCUACUUUCUCUCAUCUGCUGAGGACGCCAGAAAAGUGGCAGUCUACCUUUGGAACAACUAUUUAGGUGGACAUUCAACGUCGACAUCUCGUCCACUUGGCAAUGCCGUACUCGACGGUGUUGAUUUUGACAUUGAAGGCGGGACAAAUCAACACUGGGAUGAACUAGCAAGGACUCUCUUGAAGUUUGGAGGUCAAAGUGGCAAGAAAGUUUACAUUACGGCAGCACCGCAGUGCCCUUUUCCAGACGCUUGGAUCGGGAACGCACUGACUACAGGCCUUUUUGAUUAUGUUUGGGUUCAAUUCUACAACAAUCCACCGUGUCAAUUUUCAGGCGAUGGUAGCAAUCUUUUUGACUCUUGGAAGCAAUGGACAUCCUCAAUUCCUCAUGCCCAAAUCUUCUUGGGCCUCCCUGCCGCUCCUUCUGCGGCUGGUAGUGGGUUCAUUCCCGCUAGUAUUUUGAAGUCGAAAGUGCUCCCAGUCAUCAAACGUUCAACCAAAUAUGGUGGUGUUAUGUUGUGGUCAAAGUUUUAUGAUGAUCAAACUGGCUAUAGUUCUUCCAUUAAACACAAUGUUUGAUAAGUAUAAUAUGUUACAUUAUGUAUGUGUCAGUGUGUGUAUGAUCAAGAAUAAAGUGUUUGUUUAGUUCUAAUACUAUGAAUUCAAAUCUCUUACCCUCUUGGGUUGAGAGUAUGUCCAAACCA